AUGUUUUUCAUGUUUCUUGUUGUAUUAGCGACUUCUCGUAGCAAAAGAUUUGAUGUUUUAUUAUUCAUUACUGCUAUUCUGCAGUGUCUUUUCCUCUACUGCUGCUCAUCCUUUUCUUCUGAUCCUCAUGCAGCAUUGGAGAAAGUUAGGAGGGACAGUUUUGCAAGCACUACUACUUCAAAGAGCCAAGAAACAUCUUCAGUUGGUGUAAAUCCACAGAUUUCCAUGCCUCCUCCAUCGUCUCAAGUGGGGUCACCUCUUUUCUGGAUUGGAGUUGGUGUUGGCCUCUCAGCACUUUUUUCUUGGGUGGCUACAUACCUAAAGAAAUAUGCUAUGCAACAAGCUUUCAAGACAUUGAUGGGACAGAUGAAUACUCAAAAUAAUCAAUUCAGUAAUGCUGCUUUUUCGCCUGGGUCACCUUUCCCAUUUCCCCAACCCACAAACCCAACAUCAGAUGCAACUUCGACUUCAACAUCUGCUGCAUCUCAAUCUGUAACUGUUGAUGUACCUGCAACCAAAGUGGAGGACCCUCCAUCUGCAGAUGUCAAAGAGACUGUAGAACCAGAGAAGGAACCAAAGAAAUAUGCUUUUGUAGAUGUUUCCCCAGAAGAAACAUUCCAAAAAAAUGCUUUUGAGAAUUACAAAGAAUCGAUACAGACAGAUGCACCAAAGGAUCCCGAGCCUUUCCAGCAAGUUUCUGAAAAUGGAUCUGCUGCGAACCGAGGAACCAGUUUUUCAGAAGGUCCCUCCACCAAAGAAACAAAUCCCCUCUUGUCAGUGGAAGCUUUGGAGAAAAUGAUGGAAGAUCCAACUGUACAGAAAAUGGUUUAUCCCUACUUACCAGAGGAGAUGAGGAAUCCUACUACCUUUAAAUGGAUGCUACAAAAUCCACAGUAUCGUCGACAAUUGCAGGACAUGCUAAAUAACAUGGGAGGAAGCCCAGAAUGGGACAACCGCAUGAUGGACUCCUUGAAAAAUUUUGAUCUUAGCAGUCCCGACAUUAAGCAACAGUUUGAUCAGAUUGGGCUUACGCCUGAGGAAGUCAUUUCUAAAAUCAUGGCCAAUCCUGAGGUUGCUAUGGCAUUCCAAAAUCCUCGAGUUCAAGCAGCUAUCAUGGAUUGUUCUCAGAAUCCUCUGAGUAUCGCCAAGUAUCAAAAUGACAAAGAAGUUAUGGAUGUUUUCAAUAAAAUAUCAGAACUUUUCCCCGGGGCAACAGGUUCUUAACUCGAGUGUACCUGCUUGGUUUUUUUUUGCCUGCACAGAUGAGAUUUCAAAAGUUUAGAGCACUUGUUAGCAUGUUUCUGCUUUACGAUACCCACACAUAUCAAGAUGUGUUGGCAUCCGUUUCCUUUCUGCACUUUAGAAAUGUAACUUAAGCUCGACUCAAUAUUGUGGCUUUAUUAGAAGUACAUCCUUGUCCAGCUAUAGAUCUUACGAGCUUUUUGCCUGCUGUUGUAAAUUUUGUGAAUUUCUAUUUUGAUUCGAUUGCUAACCUAGACAUUAAUAAACUUCUCCCUACCUGUUAUCGUC